AUGAUCGAAGAAAAUAAAAAUAAAACUUUUUUAGGAUUUGAUUUUAGUACUCAAAGGUUAAAAGCAAUUGUAAUUAGUGAAGACUACAAAGUGCUACAAGAAGCAGAUGUUGAAUUCGAUGUGGAUUUACCUGAGUUCAGGACUUCGGGAGGCGUGGUCAAAGGAGAAAGUGGUGAGGUGACAGCACCACCACUACUAUGGGUGAAGGCCCUGGAUAUGGUGAUGGAUAGGCUUAUUGUUGCUGGAGUAGACUUCUCAACCAUUGAAGCUCUGUCUGGUGCAGCACAGCAACAUGGGUCAGUCUGGUGGGCGAAAGGAUCUGAGGAGAGAUUAAAAUCUUUGUCAUCUGAAGACUUUCUUCAUAGCCAAUUGGCUUCUACAUUUAUGGCUAACUCUCCUGUGUGGAUGGACUCAAGUACAAGUGCUGACUGUCGAGCCCUUGAAGAAGCUGUUGGUGGACCUGAGGAACUGGCCAAAAUAACAGGAUCCCGUGCUUAUGAACGCUUCACUGGGGCACAAAUACGCAAGAUGUUUAGAACUAGACCCAGGACAUAUUCAGCAACUGAGAGAAUAUCACUUGUAUCUUCAUUUGCCUGUUCCUUGUUUCUAGGACAAUAUGCACCAAUUGAUUUGGCUGAUGGAUCUGGAAUGAAUUUAUUAGAUAUUCAUACAAUGAAAUGGUGUGAACAGGCUUUGAAGGCCUGUGGUAAUGAACAUCUAGCAACCAAGCUCGGGGCACCAGUACCCAGUGCUACAGUGGUUGGGAACAUAUCACAAUAUUUUGUAAAGAGAUAUGGGUUUACUCCAGAAUGUGAAGUGAUAGCUUUUACUGGUGAUAAUUGCUCGGCACUUGCUGGGCUCCGCCUCCGUUCAGGCUGUGUAGGCCUAAGUCUCGGUACAAGCGAUACACUUCUACUAGGCCUACAAGAAGCCAGGGCUCCGCCAGCGGGCCAUAUCCUCGUAGGCCCCACAACUGACGCUCCGUAUAUGGCGCUACUAUGCUUCUCCAAUGGGUCCCUGACGAGACAAAAUCACAGGGAUAGGCUGGUAGGAACGAGUUGGGACGCAUUUAAUGAAUUGCUACGGUCGACUGUUAGAGGGAAUAUGGGUUACAUGGGUAUUUACUACGACACCGCGGAGAUCGUGCCUCGCGCUGUCGCUGGCAAAUGGGUGUGGGAGUCGAAUGGGCGUAGUCUUGAUAAGUGCGCGCCGCAGUUUGAGGCCCGGGCCCUACUCGAGGGGCAGGCUUUAGCUAGGCGGGCCCAUGCUGAGGAUAUGGGGUUCAGGCUUGACUCUAGAUCCCGUCUGGUAGCGACGGGCGGAGCAUCCGUCAACAAGGAGCUUCUGCAAAUAUUUGCUGAUGUAUUCCAUACUCCAGUGUAUGUACAGGAAGAGCACGCGAACGCAGCCUUAUUAGGCGCCGCUAUUCGCGCUGCGGAAGUAUGGAGCGCCCAUACGGGAACUAAGCUGACUGGAAGCGAACCUACGAUAUCUCCAGUGGCUAAUCCAUACCCUGACUCGGCAGCUAUAUAUACUCCAAUGCUGCAACGCUAUCGACAAUAUGUGGAAACCAUUCCAAAACUACAAUAA